AUGUUCAUGUAUCAUGUGUCAAAUAAUUGUCAAUCAGUUGUCAAUACAUGUUGUUCUUAUCUAUUAUUAUUGCACACAAGCAAUUAUUGCAGUUUGUAAGGAAAAUUCUAAAAUUAUUUCGUUAUCUGGAAGACUAUAGGUUCGUGAAAUUCAGUGUGUGUGAGCCAUAGUUUGCAGCUUGUAUCCCUCAAAACUUCAGAAUUCAACGGAUAGGUAAAACUGUAGCUUUGAUAAUCCCUUGAUCUAUGAUUUCCUCAUGGGAAUCUUACAAGCACCAAUGAUUGGCGAACAUUGAAUGCAGUUCCUUAAAGAUAACAGGUCUGUUUUAUCCAAGGUUGCAACAUGGAAUCUGACCUAUCAGAGGAAGACAAAUUCCUUAAUAUUUACCAGAGGUUGGAAUUCAGCCAGAAAUUAGAUCCUCACCAAGCUGUUUGUGAUUCCAGAAAUCAGUUUUUUGUGUUCUCUAAAGAACUUGAAAAAUGGACUUGUAAUAAAACUCAGCUUGUUUGGAUGGACAUUCAUUUGAAUAAGAUCAAUUCAGAAGUUGAUAAAUAUGACACGGAAGGCAGUAUCAAUAAUGAUUGCGACGCCAUUUCUAGACUUGUGAAACAAAAUGGGAAACACACAGAUGCUCCUAAAUGGAAGAGCUGCCUCUCAGAAAUGGAUGACUCCACGUUCUUUGAUCUAAUCAGAUCUCCUGGUGAGUGCAAGAAUCCAAAUGUUGUAGAAGAUAGCCCAACUGUCCAAAGUCUGAUUAGUCUUCUCGUUACAAACAGUGAAAAUACAAAUAGACAACCUCCGCCACCUUCAUCCAUCCUCCAUCCAGCCGCACCUACUUAUAAGAAGGUGGAAAAAUCCAAUAACACCGUACACCCAAAGCAACCAGUGAAUCUCUUCAACUCGGGACGUUCCAUUUCAACAAAUUCAGAUUCUUCAUCAAAUGAAACUGAUUUUGCCAAAGCCUACGGCAAAGAUUCCUUCAAUAGAACAGGUAUGAAUAAAGAAAACAAUGCUUGGACUCAUAUGGGAGAUGAAACCGAAGAAUGGUACCAGGCAAACAAUUAUGGUGGAAGAAAAUCUCAUGUUGCUGCAAGCAAUCUAACUUCAAAAUAUGGAAAUAAGCCAUCUAGUGGGAUAUCCAGAAGCACCGGAGUAUCUAAUGCGGGGUCCAGUAGUGCAAGUAGUCAUUCAAACAAUGUAUUCAGAACUGCACAAGAAGAACUAAGAAUACAAAAUGUCAAUAAAUAUGGGAACGCAAAUGGUCCGUACAAUUCUGAAAGCACCAACGGAGGUUACGGAAGUCAAAAGAAAUCCCUCGGUGGCAUCGGCGGAAAACCUCGCAGUGUAACUAGUAAAUUUAAACCGCCUGUGCCGUGUGAAGAGAACAGUUGGGGUUCACCAAACGAAUCUUGCAAAUCAAAUAAUGACCAGGGACGGAGUGAUCUGUUGAAGUGUAUCGAUGAAAAAAUGAUAGAAAUGAUCGAAAAUGAGAUCAUGGACCAAAGCACUCCAAUCACAUGGGAUGAUAUAGCUGGAUUAGAGUUUGCCAAGAAGACCAUUCAAGAAAUUGUAGUCCUUCCAUUUUUGCGCCCUGAUUUAUUCACAGGAUUGCGGAGUCCUCCCAAAGGAAUCCUGUUGUUUGGACCUCCUGGAACUGGAAAAACACUGAUUGGUAAAUGCAUUGCCUCAGAAUCAGAAUCAACGUUCUUUAGUAUCAGCGCCUCUUCUUUGACAUCAAAGUGGAUCGGUGAUGGGGAAAAAAUGGUCCGUGCUCUUUUUGCAGUCGCAAGAACUCGACAACCCUCUGUGAUAUUUAUUGAUGAAAUUGACUCCUUACUUAGUCAGCGUAGCGAUACUGAACAUGAGAGCUCUCGCCGAAUGAAGACUGAAUUUCUCGUUCAGCUUGAUGGAGCGACAACAGGAGAUGAUGACCGCAUUCUAAUAAUCGGAGCAACCAACCGCCCCCAAGAGUUAGAUGAAGCUGCACGUCGUCGCCUGAUCAAACGAUUGUACAUCCCUCUCCCAGACAAGCCUGCCAGAGUUCAAAUCAUCACCCGGCUCAUGGCUUCAGAACGCAAUGACUUAACACAUGAGCAGGUUGACGAGAUCAGUGAUUUGACCGAUGGUUAUUCUGGGGCAGACAUGAAAUGUGUUUGCAAAGAAGCCUCGCUAGAGCCGAUUCGAUCGAUUGACAUCUCGAAGAUCAAACAUAUCUCAGCACUCGAUGUGAGGCCAAUCACGAUUGAUGAUUUUAGAGCAGCUUUGUCACGGGUCAAGUCAAGUGUUUCUGCCAAAGAUUUAGACCAGUAUCUUGAGUGGGACAAAUUGUUUGGAUCCGGUAAAUAAGUUGCCAUUAGUGUUUCAAGUUUUUAUCCCACUUUGUAAUGGUUUUACCACUCUUUGUGAGAGGAGGGAAUAAGAAUUGUUAGGACAUUCUUCUUGUCUUCCAGAAAUCUAAAGUUUUUUAUCACGUCUAGUUCAAAAAAUAAAAAAUCUGAUGCAACCGUCAGAAUAAAUCUAUUGUAACUUCAAUUUUUUUAUAGGUACCUACCUCUUCAUACUCACAACACGUAAUACUCUCCAGUUCUUAAUAUAAUGAAAAACCAGUGAAUGGUCCUAAUGUUUACAGAAUAACCCACAAAAUGAAGGAGGACCAGUGAAAACUCCAAGAAAUAACUUUCCUUUCUAUGGGAAAGAGAAAUUUUAUAACAAAUCUGCAGUUGCAAAUCGAGAUGUAUCAAUGAUGAAACUCCUAAACCUCGUAUCUUGUUUGCCGUAUUUUAAAAUCUCUGCUCUACUUAUAUUUACUUAAAUUUGAACAAACUCAACAUCAUUCCUUGAAGUUUUCAAAAAUUUUCUUUGGCCAGAGAAAUAAAAUCUCAGAAGUUUUUGAAAAUUUAUUUAGAGCAGUUUUCCAUUUAAAAAGUAAAGUAUGACAGGAAGUCUGCAACAUUGCAAACUGAGAUUACGUCGUUUGGGAGUCUCGUUGAUAUGUUUUGAGACUUUCAAAAUGGACACAUGGGAUAUAAAACUGAGAAAAGCAACUUUAAUUUUCAAAAUCAAUUUAUGGUAUGUACAAAAUCUUUCAUUUCUCCAGUCCUAUUCUUUAGUUUUACCAUAAUGUUGUUUAUCUGUUGGUCAUCAUAUGGUCUAAAAGCUAUCGUUUCUCAGGUGCUAUUAAUUAGUUUAACUACAAUACCUUUCACUUGUUUCUUUUGAAAUUGUCUUAUCUGCAGUUUAUUUUAUGAUUUUCCUUUUGAUGGGGGCCUUCCAUUUUAUACUGAAAUAAAAGUAUUCGAAUUUGUAAA